UCCAACGACGCCAUCACGUCAGCUACGAUAUUACAAACCUACAUUCUAUUUGUCAGCUACUUUCCUCGCUGUCGAAUCUGUAUAAGACCUCACUGCGUACUUGCCGAGAUACAAACCCCGCAGAUCGACACAGACAUCAUGGUCAACGAUAAGGACAUUCAGCACCUCCGCCUCGCCGUCUCCCUCGCCCGCGAGGCCCUUCAAGCCGGCGACUGGCCCUUCGGCUCAGUCCUAGUCUCUGCCUCUGGUGAUGUCCUCCAGACGGACCGCAACCGCGAGACCACCGGCUCAGAUGCCACCCUACACCCCGAGUUCACACUCGCUCGAUGGGCGCAGCAGAACCUCUCACCAACCGAACGCGCAGAAUCAACAGUUUAUACGAGUGGAGAGCACUGCGCCAUGUGUUCGGCGGCGCAUGCGUGGUGCGGACUUGGGAGGAUUGUGUAUGCGUCCUCGACGGAGCAGUUGGGCGCCUGGCGGGAUGAGUAUGGUAUUGGAAAGAGCCCUGUCAGCCCGUUGAGCAUCCAGCAAGUUGCUCCGGGCGUUCAAGUUGAGGGACCGGUUGAGGGCUUGGAUCAAGAGGUUAGAGCCCUUCAUGUUGAGGUUUGGACGGCCCAGGGACUCAAGCCCAAGGUGUGA